AUGGUGGCGCCACCAACACACACCGAGACGGACCGCGUAGAUGAGCGGGAGUGGGCGGAGUUCCUCAAGUCCUUUACAUCCCUGCACCAGGAGAGGUCAUACUGGGUGCCUGAUGCCCAGGUCGAAGGCACAAUCCCUAAGGAAUUGGAGGGGACCCUCCUCAAGAAUGGACCCGGCCAGUUUGAGAUUGGGGGGCAGAAGGUGGCGCACCCCUUUGAUGGGGACGGCAUGGUAGCCGCCUUUGCCUUCAAGGAAGGCCGCUGUUUCUUCAGCAACCGAUUCGUGCGCACCAAAGCCUAUACCGAGGAACAGCGGGCGGGGCGCAUGCUGUACCGAGGCGCAUUCUCGGCUGGCAACCCCGGCGGAAAGGGUUUCUUUAACCCCUUCAAGCUUGAUGUGAAGGGCAUCGCCAACACCGGCGUGGUUCGCUGGGGUGGGCGUACUCUCGCCCUCUACGAGAGGGACAUGCCCUAUGAGCUGGAGUCUCCAGACCUCCAGACCCUGGGAACUACAGAUGCCGACGGGGCGCUCAAGGAUACAGACCCCUACUUUGGGGCGCACUAUCGCAUCACCACCGACGCUGAUGGAAAGCGGACGCUGAUUGGCUUCUCUUCCUCAGAGGUCGGCAGCCAGAACCGACUGACCGUCUGGGAGUUUGAUGAGGACUUCAACCGUUUGACAAGAACCCAAGAGGUCUUCAAGGGUGCAUUCGGGUUCUACCACGACUUUGCGAUGACCGAGAAACACUACGUUUUCUUACAGAACCCAAUCCGACUGAACUUGUACAAGUUCGUCACCCAGUACAUGCUGGGAAAGGCCGGCGUGGCAGAGUGCCUGGAGUUUGAUACCAGCCAGAAGAGCCUCAUCCAUCUCAUCCCCAGGCCUGGAAAGGGCGGCAUGCGAGGAACCUAUGAGACAACGCCAUUUUUUGCAUUCCAUCACUGCAAUGCCUUUGAGUCUGCCGACGGCAAGACCCUGAUCCUCGACACCGUGGCGGAGCUCAAGGGUGUUAUCUUUUCGGCCAAGGUGGAGGGACCUGACACCGUCUAUGGGCGUGAAGAGAACCGUGGGUCCCUCACGCGCCUCUCCAUCAAUCUGGCCUCGGGCAAGGUGGACCAGCGUGUGCUCAUCGAUAGGUCUGUCGAGUUCCCGUCCGUGGCUUCCACGGUCGUGGCCAAGCCUCACCGCCACAUAUACAUGGUCGGGGAUAGGUUCAACUCGCCAGACACUUGGGGCCCUGUCCAGGUGAUCUGCAAGGUCAGCAUCUCAGAGGGCAUCGAGAGCCUGAGCCCCAAGGUCUCCCAGGAUGUGUACUACCCGGGCAAGUCCUGCUGGGUGCAUGAACCCGUUUUUGUCCCACGCCCGAAUGCAAAGGCUGAGGAUGACGGCUGGGUCCUGGCAAUGGUGAACGACUCAACCACCGGCCAGGCCUUCAUGGCGAUCCUGGAGGCUCAGGAUCUGGCCGCAGGGCCCAUUGCCAAGAUUCACCUGAAGCAUCAUUACCCUCAAGCUUUGCAUGGCAGCUGGUCCCCAGACUUUAUUGGACCUGACCCAAAGCAGCCUUACGAGCCUCGCCUGCACGAUACCCGUGGCGUAGAUCCCCUCGUGUACGCUUAG